AUGGCCGGUAGGCUCACUCAGAAGAUCCUAGGCCAUCUGGGCCCCCUAUUAAGCGGCGAUUCCAGUAACAACACAGCAUCUUCACCUGUCCACUGGAAAGUCGGCACUAAUGAGACUAUCUUACACCCCGCAGGCGGGACAUACCCUCGCCUGUGCCGGCUCUCAGACGGUGAUUUAUUAUGUUUAACAACGGGAUUCCAAGGCCCCGGCCGUCGCGAACACGUCCUCCAAGUUUCACGCAGUGUGGAUGGCGGUCGCACCUUUAGCCCGCAUGGAGAAGUCACCCGCGGAAUAGGCGAUAUUGACAACGGCUUCUUAAUCGAAGUGCCAGCUUCGGCCCCCGGGAAUAGUGGACCGGUUGUUCUCGCCGCAUUCCGGAACCACGACCGCAAGCCCGGCAGCCGACCCUCGCAUUUCCGCAUCACGGUAUGCCGCAGCGAAGACGGCGGGCGUUCGUGGAGAUUCGCCUCCCAGGCCGUGGAGCAGAGCGCAGCCAGCAGUCAUGGUUUAGGAUUAUGGGAGCCGUUUAUGCGACUUGGCGGCAAGGACGGGCAGGAAAUACAACUUACAUUUUCGCGCGAGCUAGCGCACAAUGACCAGGAAACCUUCCGCGUAGAUUCUAGAGACGGAGGGGCGACUUGGAGCGGCCCGCCUCGGUGUCUGCGCUGCCAUCCGUCGCAUGAGAAUCUACGCGACGGCAUGCAGGGCAUUGUAAGCGUGCGCGACACAGGAGGUGUGGCGGCGAAUGGACAACAGCAGGACGUCAAUGCGCUUGUUGUAGUAUUUGAGACCACGAGACAUGGCACAUUCAGCGUUGAAUACGCUGUUUCAUACGAUGAAGGACUCACGUGGGGAUCGAGAGGCGUGGUGUACCGCCCUAAACCUGGUCGCAAUGCGGGCGCGCCGCAGAUCGAGCGCUACGGAGAUCAAGGAAUGGCUGUCGUGUUUAUGUCAGAUGAGGAGGCGGAUGUACCAUCAUGGCCCGGAAAAGCUGCCAUAAAAACAGUAUUCGCUGAGGGUUUAGAAGGAGGCAUGAUACGUUGGGGCCAGCCCGUGCUUAUCCAUAAAGCACCUUCUUUCUGGCCCUCGAUCAUCAGUCUUGGCCAAGAUGAACUUUUGGCUGUCUACGAGCAUGGAGGAAGACCUCUCGGGAAACGCAUACAAAGAGGCUAA